CGUUAUAACACACAAGUUACGUGGCGGCUCUGCAGACCGGUUACCGAAAGAUUUUGCUCAACAUUUGAUACUGUAUUUGUGCUGCAAGAUGUCAGAGAAAAUUCAGGAUGAAGAGUUGCCGCUACCUAGUUAUCUCCGUGUUUAUAAAAACACUUUCUUGUCUACGUACAUGGUAACUUACAUGCCCGAGUACGAGAAGCUGAAAUGCCGUGACGACGAUGUCUAUGUCAUGUCCUAUCCGAAAUGUGGUACAACAUGGAUGCAGGCAAUCGUCUGGCUCGUCAUGAAUGACGCGGACGUCGCAUUCCAAGGUGGCAGCAAGGCACUCGAUGAAUUAUUCCCAAUGCUGGAGUGGCCAUUCAAUAGUAAAGAUAUGGCAGAGUUCGGAAAGCUGAAGAAACUUCCAGAAUGUCCCGACUGGGAGGCGAGACCAUCGCCAAGGCUCUUCAAAACACAUCUGAAUUUUCAACUUCUUCCAACCGAAAUCGUAGAAAGGACCAAAACUCCAAAAAUUGUAUACGUUAGCAGGAACCCUAAAGAUACGGCAGUUUCCUUUUAUCACUUCAUCAAAGGAUUUGACUCAUCGCUAUUCGGAGUUCACAACGACUUCGCUAACAGCACCUUUCCUGAGUUUUACAAGUACUAUAUGCAGGGAAAAUGUGAUUACGGUGAAUAUUGGGCGCAUCAAGUAGAUUUCUGGGAACGCAGGCACUGGAAAAACAUACUUUUCGUGAAAUACGAAGACAUGAAAAAGGAUCUAAAAGGCGAAGUCAGACGUGUCGCAAACUUCCUUGGCAAGAAUUUGAGCGAGGAGAAGAUUGACAAAAUAGUCGAAGCUACGACAUUUAGCAGCAUGAAGAGGAACAACACGGUUAACUACACUGGUAUGAAAGCAGGCAGAACGCAGGAUGCGACACCAUUCAUGCGGAAAG